AUGUCGUACUCGUGGAUUGGAGCUCCCACGGAGUUCAAUGGAACGGACCCAGAGACCGGCGGCGAUUCCGCCACCGAGAACUUGAACCAAUGGUAUCAGUCAGGCGACCAGGCCUUCAUCAUUGUUGCAGCAUGUAUGGUCCUGAUUAUGGUCCCGGGUAUCGCCUUUCUCUACUCCGGAUUGUCUCGAAGAAAGUCAGCCCUGUCCCUGAUCUGGGUCGUCAUGAUGUCCUUCAGCGUCAUCGUCUUCCAGUGGUACUUCUGGGGCUAUUCUCUGGCCUUCAGCAGCACGGCCACCAACGGCUUCAUCGGCGAUCUGCACCACUUUGGUCUGAUGAACACCCUCGCCGUGCCUUCGCCCGGUUCGCCGCUUAUUCCUGAGCUGCUGUACUCCUUCUACCAGAUGCAAUUCUGUGCCGUCACCGCAGCACUGGUUGUUGGUGCGACCGCCGAAAGAGGACGUGUCCUACCCGCCAUGGUCUUCACCUUCUUCUGGGCCACGAUCGUCUACUGCCCCGUCGCAUGCUGGGUCUGGAACAUCAACGGAUGGGCCUUCAACUACGGUGUCCUCGAUUAUGCCGGUGGUGGCCCGGUCGAGAUCGUCUCGGGUAUGUCGGCCCUGGCCUACUCGUGGGUCCUUGGACGCCGCCACGAGAAGAUGAUGCUCAACUUCCGACCCCACAACGUCUCUCUCAUCACCCUCGGAACGAUUCUGCUCUGGUUCGGUUGGUUGGGAUUCAACGGUGGUUCCGCUUUCGGCGCCAACCUGCGUGCCGUCAUGGCUUGCUGGAACUCGUGCCUGACUGCCAUGUUCGCCGCCAUGACCUGGUGUCUGCUUGAUUUCCGUCUUGCCAAGAAGUGGUCCAUGGUCGGUUGGUGCUCCGGUGUCAUUUCCGGACUUGUGGCCGCCACUCCUGCCUCUGGUUUCAUUCCUCCUUGGGCCUCCAUUGUUCUCGGUGUCGUUACUGGCGUCUGCUGUAACUUCGGAACCAAGGUCAAGUUCCUGGUCAAGAUCGAUGAUUCCCUCGAUGUCUUCGCUGAGCACGGUAUCGGCGGUAUGGUUGGACUUAUCUUCAACGCCCUCUUUGGUGCCGACUACAUCAUCGGCCUGGACGGUGUCAACACAGGUGUUAUCACUGGUGGCUGGAUCAACCAUAACUACAAGCAGCUCUACAUCCAGGUUGCCUACAUUGUCGCCUGCACAGCCUACUCUUUCGUUGUGUCGGCCAUCAUUGCCAAGGUCAUUGAUCUGAUCCCUGGCCUGCACCUCCGCGCCAGCGAGGAGGCUGAGCUCCUUGGUAUGGACGACGACCAACUUGGCGAGUUCGCCUACGACUACGUUGAGGUCCGCCGUGACUUCCUUGCAUGGACCCCCGCCAAGGAGGAGCCGUCUGGCGACGGCAUGAGAAUCAUCCCCCAGCACGGUAUUGAGGAGCACCAGAACCUGGCCAACACGAACGGCCACGCGCUCGAGCACGAGCAGGAGAAGUUUGGUGCUUCGGCCAGGGAUCCGGCCCGCGAGAAGGCCGCCGAGAGCGCGGCUGAGCGGGACGCUUCUUCUGAGCAGUAG